AUGGCCUGCCCAUUCCUGGAAGAUCCUGUGGACGUUGGUGCGCGGAUCGUGAGAGGAGCGCUCAGGAGAGAAAGAGUUUUUAGGGAUAGAUGUGAUCCUUUUGAUGUCCCCGAUGACAUACUGUACGAAAGGUACAGAUUCACGUCAGCUGGCCUGCGCUACAUCUGCGAAGUGUUGGAGCCAUAUGUGACGAAUGUCACUCAUCGCAGUCGGGCGCUGACAGUACCUCAGACUGUCUGCAUUGCACUGAGGUUUUUUGCCACAGGUACUUAUAUGCACGCCGUUGGCGAUGCCGAAAACCUCGGCAAAAACACCUGUUGCGCUGCCAUUCACAAAGUGGCAGGUGGCCUGACAAAACUGUUGGAUUCAUUUGUUGUGUUCCCCGGCCACCUGCCCUUACAAUCCAUCAAAGAGGGGUUUUACGAGAUAGCAGGGUUCCCUAGGGUAAUAGGUGCCAUAGAUUGCACCCACAUCCCCAUUUGUGCACCUCUGGGGAGAAAUGAGGCUGACUUUGUGAACCGAAAAAACUUUCACAGCCUCAACAUUCAGAUGACAUGUGACCAUCUGAUGAUGGUCACCAGCCUCGUGGCCAAGUGGCCAGGGUCUGUACAUGACUCCCGGAUCUUCAGGGAGUCUGCACUGUGCCACAAACUUGAGCAGGGGCUGUGCAGUGGAGUGCUUUUGGGCGACAGGGGCUAUGCCUGCCAGCCCUUCUUAAUGACCCCCUAUCCUGACCCUGGUGCAGGGCCACAAACACGGUUCAAUGUGGCCCUUGCAAAAACCAGGGUCAGAAUAGAGAUGACAUUUGGGAUCAUUAAAGCCAGAUUUAACUGCCUCAGAGGGCUCAGGGUGGCCCCUGACAGGGCAUGCAAGAUAAUUUCUGCAUGCGUUGUGCUGCACAAUAUUGCUGCCUUGAAGAAGGAGAGGAGCCCUCCCGUUGACCCCCCUCCUCCCCCUGAUGUGGUGGACCCCAUCACCCUUGACUAUCCCGCAGGUGUGGCCGUGAGAGAGGCCAUUACAAGGCAGUUUUUUAUUUGA